AUGGAUUCCUGCGAUAAGAAUGGCGCUGAGCCAUCCCAGCACGUUGAUGUGGCUGAGGUGCUGGCCUUCAUCAACAAGUUGAAUGCGGCUGCGACCGACAAAGCCAUGCCAUCUAACUUACAUUCAUCCUCAGAGCCUUUGGUGAUUAAGGGAGAUGGUAUAGUAGAUCGGUUGUUUUUGUUGCUUGUGAACAUUUGGGAGCUAACAGCGGAAUACAGGCCCGAGGACUACACCGGUGGCAGAUAUGGAAGCAAGGCUCAUACUGCCUGGGUCUAUAGGCUGAAGCAGGACUGGGAAGAGCUCAUGAAAAAUUUGGGUAUCAAUGAAACCGUAACAAAGGACAGAGACAGGUUGACGUUGCAAGAAUAUUUUCUGCACUCCUUUGGUAACCCUGUCCGCAUAGAUUACGGAACUGGCCACGAGAUGCAAUUUGCAUUGUUUCUUAAGAAGCUAUAUGACUGCGGUGUUAUAAAGGACGAUGAUUUAUCUGACGUGGUACUAAGGGUCAUGUCGAGUUAUUUCCGUCUAGUACAGCAUCUCAUAGAUAGAUACAACCUCGAGCCCGCUGGAAGCAAAGGAGCAUGGGGUAUCGACCACUUUCAAUUUUUACCCUUUUUACUGGGUUCUGCGCAGCUGAUAUCUAACGAAGCAAUAAAACCGCAACAGGUGGUGAAUUGCGAUAGUGUGCAGCCUCAAAUAGAGAAAUAUAUCUUUAUACAGACCGUGGACUACAUAAAGAGGAAGAUCGGAAGGGUGUCUUUAGAGAUUGCUUCUCCUAUGCUUUAUGGAAUUUGUACGUCGUGUACCUGGCAAAGGAUCAAUUCCGGUUUGCAAGAGAUGUAUAAGAACGACGCCGCCCACCUCAUGGCGACUAUGGACCGCGUAUUCACGCUUGGCAUAUGUGCCAUGGCCAAUAAGGUGGAGAGCGCUCCAAUGCAAUCGAUAUUAGGAUACCUGAAAGCUACUGGUGACUUUGAAAUCAUAAUAUUCUCAGAGGAGACUAUAUUAAGCCGGCCGAUCACAGAAUGGCCUAUAGUAGAAUGCCUUAUCGCAUUCUACUCUACAAAUUUCCCUCUCGAAAAGGCCAUAGAUUAUGUGAAGCGCUACAAACCAAUUGUUCUCAACGAUGUAGAACGACAACGUGUAUUCAGAUCACGUUUAGAUGUAUACCGUGAACUUCAGGCAUGCCAUGUACCACACCCAAAUUACGUGGUGGUAGACCACGAAGCAGUAAAACAGGGUAAGGCAACAUUCGAGGAACAUUACGAUUACAUCGUAUACAAUAAUGUUAAAAUCAACAAACCGUUUAUCGAAAAGUCGCUGGAUGCUGAUGACCACAAUAACUGGAUAUACUACCCAACCAACACUGGUGGAGGUUGUAAGAAGUUGUUUCGUAAAGUACAGGACAGGAGUUCACGAUACUGUGCUGAUGUACAGAGCGUUCGAAGAGAUGGGACAUAUAUCUAUGAAGAGUUCAUGUCAACGUUCGGUACAGACAUCAAGGUCUACACUGUAGGAUGUAUGUUCGCUCAUGCGGAAGCUAGAAAGUCACCUGCUUUAGACGGCAAGGUCGAUCGUAACAAGGAUGGUAAGGAGUUACGCUUUCCCGUGAUAUUAACAGCUAAAGAAAAGGUUAUAGCAUAUCGUAUUGUCGAGCAUUUCGGUCAGGCGGUAUGUGGUUUUGACAUUUUACGUACAAUCAAUGGUCCCUACGUCUGUGACAUCAAUGGGUGGUCUUUUGUGAAGCACAGCCGUCAUCACAUGGACUUAAGUCAAAUCAUACGUAUCAUGUUUUUACUUAAGCUACAACUCAAAUACAACAUCACCCUUGGCAAUGUCAUCCCAGCACACAUUGUGACUAGCGAGACCACUGAAGCUCUGAAGAAGACAUUCGCCAAUAUUGAACAAAAUGUCGAUAGAGUACAGUCGCAAGAAGAAUUGUGUUCAGUGGUUGUUGUGAUGAGGCAUGCGGAUCGCAAGCCUAAGCAAAAACUGAAGACUUUGACUUCGCAUCCUCUGAUUUUGCAAUAUUUCAGCGACACUAACGAAAAACAAAUCACACUAAAGUCGCCAGAGGAGAUGGCAAAGUUUACCGAGAUUAAUGCGGCGAUAUUAGAGCAGCUGAAUGAGGAAUAUGAAUCUGAGGCUUCAAGGAGCGACGAGGAGGAGAGGAAUGAUGAAUCCGGUCGUUCAGCUGAUCCCCGUAUGGCCGAGCUGAGCGAACAAUUAGCGUUGCAUACGGAGUUGCAGAAUGUCCUUAACUUUUCUGAUGAAUUUGCCGGGAUCAAUCAUAAAAUCCAGCUGAAGGCAAAGUUCGGGGAAAAUGGUCAGGUCAAUAAAGUUCUUAUAGUGGCAAAAUGGGGAGGUGAACUUACCCAUGUAGGUGAAUGUCAAGCCGAAGAUCUUGGACGACGUUUUAGGCAAUCGUUGUACCCGAUCGAUUGCACCGGCUUGGUUCGUCUCCACAGCACGUAUCGCCAUGAUUUCAAAAUAUUCACCUCAAUUGAAGGUAGAUGUCAACUAACCAGUGCAGCUUUCACCAAGGGUAUGUUGGAUUUGGAAGGUGAAUUGACACCAAUUUUGGUUGCUAUGACAAUCCGUGACAAGAAAGCUCAGACCUUGUUAGAUGAUAACAUCGAAGUUCGUGAACGUAACGAAUGUAAGAACCGUCUAAGGAUACUAAUGGAGAAUUGGGAGGAUAAGGAAGAAGUCGAGAGACUACUUGAGGCGAUUGGAGAGGACCAGGCUAAAUACUACCGUCGAGCCGUUGAAGACAUGACAUUCCGUAAAUCGGAUAUGCAUCGUCUGAAUGCUUUACUCAACGAUUUCAUGAACUCCUUGGAACACGAGAUGACGAAAUGGAUGUAUUUGUACUCUGUAGACGAAUAUGCUACAAGGGUAUUGCACAUUUUGCAGGAGGUGAAAUCGAGAUGGAAGACAUUGACUGGGAAGCUUUGCAAGGGGCCUGAUAAUCAGUUUCAAUACACCGUUAUCGCUGAUAUUGUGGAUAACCUUCGGUACGACUUAAUACACCACCAUACUUACCUAGGUGUGGGUCUAGAUACAGCGUUUGAGAUCUACAAUUUGGUAGAACCUUUGUCUGCGGUAUUAUCUCCUUGCGAAUAUGGUGUUACACCGACUGAGCGUCUGACCAUAGGUGUGAAGGUUGCUGGAAAGCUGCUUCAAAAAAUCGUUCAUGAUGUAACACUUCACAAAAACACUUGUGAUGAUUCAAACAAAUCGCUACAUCAGCAGCGUAACCGUGAUAAGUUAUAUGCCAAAUUGGUUGAGCAAAGUGUUAUGGAGCACAAAAGGUACAAUUCGAUACCCACGGAACUAGGUAGCUGUUAUGGUGAAAAUCCAUCUACUGAGCGUUUGAACACCGAGUCUGGUGUGGAUGAAGAAGAAUUAGGCAUGGAAAAAUAUCUCAACCAGCCAACAACAGAUCCGCUGAAGAAAAUCUCAGUUAUAGCUUCUACCUCUGCCAGUGCUGCCGCGGUAGCUGCAAACAGCCUUGCGGUUGACUCUGAUAGUGUGAAAAAGAUGAGUAAGUACCCCAAUAUGACCUUUAUUGGUGGUCUUCGUCCAAGUGAGAUGAACAUGUUUACCAGUCGAACACAUAUGGAAGAGGUUUGGGACCUUGUUUCAAGUGGUGCCGAUUUGGAUGAGCCUGUGGAGAUAAAUUCCACAGUAGUUUCUUCUGGAACAAAAGCUAAAACACGCGUGGAUGUGUCACGUGAUGACCCGAGUAGCACAUCAAGUGGUGAUGAUGGUGAUAUUGUGCGUCAAGAAUUCAGUGAAGCUCGUAAUAUGAGCUCCCGCAUGUCACAUCGUAUGGUGCGCUCCAGGUACUACGUCACCUCGGCCUCUAUCCUGUUCUCUUUAUUGAACUUCCUGAAAUAUGCACAUUACCUGGAUGACAACCCAGAUGAGGCGAAACCCCUUGUACAAUACAAUACAAGGGACUUGCACUACCUUUCUCACGUUGUUUUACGUGUCUGGUGGAGCUAUGAUGAUAAUAAAAAGGCUGUCCAUCGCCUGGAGAUCAUGGUGAGCCCUGGAGCGCGUGAUGGUUUCGGUCAGAACUACGGUAUUUUGGCUGAAAACGCGAGGUCACAGAAAUAUAAGUACCGUAGGCAUAUUUCAAGGUUCAACCUUGAUUAUGUACAUGGUCGGGUAUUUUGUAAGCAUUGUGGAGAUGCGAUAGACCCCGAAUUUGUUCGGGCACAGUUCAUGGAGAAUGUUCUUGUCAAGUCGUCGGACAAAACUGGUGUCAGACGUUCAGCAUCCACUACUCAUUUACCAACUACAACCGUCGAAUCGGAUCUGUUAGACAGCAAAGUGUCAAAGGAAUGGGGAUUGACUGUUGCUAAAUCUGAUACUCAUGAUACCUAUCGCAAAGGAUCCCGGUGGUAUCGCUGUCAGCGUUGCGCCGCUGAGGUUUCAGAGACUCCCGGGGAAGAGAUGGUCAAUAGAACCCUACGUAGCAGCCAGGUAUCAUCAGAUCCUAAAGAGCUUAACUUGACUAUGAGGAGCAGUUCUUCUUCAUGCGAGGCAUCUUUUUCACCAGUCCGAGACAUCACUAGAAAGACGAUGAACCUAAGUAUCGGGAACUCAGCUGUCCCGCCAUAUUGCGAGCUUAGCAGGUUGGCCGUGAUCAACUCCAACUGUGAUAUCAAUCGAUUUGAGCAUUUGGUGAAUAAGGUGAGUUAA